GUUUGUGUCAUCGGAUAGUAUCAUCCACUCGUCCACGACUUGAACUCUGGAACUUCUUCUCUAACUCUCACUACCAUCCACUAGAUUCUAUACCAAUGGGUGGUGACCAUCAAUGUCCUGUCUGUCAGGCUACUUUCACUCGUCCACAGCACGUCGCUCGUCACAUGCGAUCACAUACAGGUGAUCGCCCCUACAAGUGUCAGUAUUGUGGAGACCAAUUUGCACGCAGCGAUCUUUUAUCGCGCCACGUCAACAAGUGUCAUGCAAAUGAAAAACCGCCACAAACUGCCACCAAUGGUCGUCGUAAAGGCUCUGCUUCAACCUCUCGCGCAACUACUUCAAAGCAAGCAUGUGAUCAAUGCGUCCAAUCAAGCUUACCGUGCGACGGUUGCAAUCCUUGUUCAAAAUGCUCACAACGCAAGGGUCGGUGUACUUAUGUGAAAUUCCACCGUCAAACCGCACCAAGUGGUCCUGGUCAUCAUGUGCCCCGCCCCGCCUCCCUUUCUUCUUCUCUUGGGACUGGACGGCUAUCAAUGGACGACUUCAUCCUUGGUCCUUCCCCAGUGAGCGUACCCAGUAUGGAGACUUCCUCGGGUGAUCCGCUUUACACAACCCCGUUUUCCUUCAAUCAUGUGUAUGCUUCGUCAGCAAACCCUGUACAUCUUCCCAUGUCGCUCUCUUCCGACUCCGAGAUUGCUGGAAGAAAUCGGGCACAAGCUGACCUUAUGCGUCAUGCCGGAGCUCCCAUGCUUGCAAAUCCCCAAGGUUCACCGGCACUUCUACCUGAGCUUUACACGGACCACAACCAACCUUCCAACAAUUGGCUUGGAUGGGGCGAGAGCACAAACCCGGGGUUGACUACUAUACAAACUAGUCAACCCCAGUUCGCGUCUUUGGAUGAAGCUUUCUCACAAAAUCAAUAUGCCUACCGGCCUCGCCGAGACUCCGUUGAUUACAGUGACGGCAGUAGCGCUUCGCAAUCCAUGCCUUCUAGCGCUACUUCGUCCAACGUCCAUCUCCCCCUCUCGGCGGGGGAUAUGUACCAGGGCGUUUCAGAGGACUUUCAACAGCGAAUGCUGCUUGACCCUCAACGCCGAAGAGACUCGAUGUCCUCUACCUCUGCACCUGAAUCCCACGACCAGCAGUCCGAUGAACAUUCUCGAGUCGGUGAAGAUGGCGUACCUUUCUUCUCAAACGCUGCAAUGAAUAUGCGACCUCAUUCGCCGAACGUUACUCCGAUGCCGCCCAAGGCACUAUCACAGCAGCAGCUCAGAGAUCGCGGCAUGUCACUCUCUGCGUUGCCCACACCUGGUCUAGGUCGUGACGACUUCAUGUGGAAGGCAUUCAUACGCACGCCUAUGAGUGGACCUCAACUCGCUGGCUCAGAAGUGCCGGGCACCAUGCCGCAAUCUCCCUCUUCACGCCGAAGAGUUCGUGUGUCCUCUCUUCCAAGUUCCAAAACGCCUACCGUAGAACGAGCCCUUCCUGGUAUGGCAAACGGCAAUGGAGAGGGAACUCGCAUGACGCUCCAUGGCAACCCUGAAGAUCUUCGGAGCUAUGAAGCUGCUGUCAAUGCUCGCAACGCAUCGCUCAACCUCAACCUCCCAAAACGGCGAGGUACGCGGGGAAACCCACCUGCAUCUGUUUCUUCCGGUGCACGUGGCACUAAUCGUCGCACAGAUACCACACAUUCGCAGUUGAAUAUCGGUUUUGAUUUGAACGCCAGCCGUCCUUCAAGCUCCUCGUCGGCAUCGUCACUUUCGCAGGCAUUCAUGUCUCAUCUGCCUCCCAUGAAGGGAGCUGCGCCACCAAUGAAUGGGGUGUCCAUUUCGUUGCCUGUACCUCGUGUGAGCAGCAUGGGAAGUUCAAGCACUCAAAGCGGGUCAAGAGAUGGGUCAAGAGAGUCAUCUGUUGCCUCUGACUGCACAGGAAGCUCGGAGGGCGAAAUGUUCCGGCCUGCUUUCAAGCGUCUCCCUUCACAGACCCUGGGUCCGGCCAAUGCCAAACGUGCUCAAUUCGAAAAGAACGGAGUUGCUGAGAAGGAAUCUAUCAUUGUGAAUGGUGACCGUACUAUGCUAGGCGUUUCCAAUGGUGGCUCGCGUCACGUCACUGUGCUUCCUGGCCGUGCUCGCCAAUCGAGCGAGAAACAUUCGUCUCGGAAUGGUUUCAACGUGCCACGACAAUGAAGGAUCCAUCCUC